AUGGCUACUGACGUAUCGACAAUCAUCGCAACAGACACUGCUCAGGUGAAGGCGCCUGUUACAGUCCCCAGCCAGACCGAGCAGAAACCCAAGAGCAAGGUCCGCAGCAAGUACAGACAUGUCGCCGCCCUACAUGCCACCACUCGACCGUCGUGCCUUAGUCACGAGUCGCCAGAGACACCCAGCUUCCUAGGAUUCCGUAAUCUCAUGGUGUUGACUAUCAUUGUCAUGAACCUGCGACUAGUGAUCGAGAACGCGAAGAAGUAUGGUCUUCUCAUCACCCUUACGUCCAACAUCCAUGCAGUCGACGUCAGGUGGGGUGCUCUCCUGUACGUUCUCACACCGAUCCACCUAUUCGCAGCCUACCUGAUCGAGCGAGUCGCUAUGGAGCACGCAAAGGGUGCUGUUGGUCGGCGGAAGAAGAGCGAUGCAGGCAUGAAGAAGAGCCCGGAGACCGAGAACGAGCUCAAAGACUUCCUCAAUACGUGGUGGUAUAUCGCUGUGGCGCACACGGUCAACGCUACGCUGGCAUUGGGAAUCACAAGCGCUGUUGUAUGGUUCUGCAUACGCAACCCAGGCAUUGGCAUGGUCAGCGAGUUGCAUGCCAUCAUCGUCUGGCUCAAGACUUGCUCCUACGCCUUCACAAAUCGCGACUUACGCCAUGCCAUGCUACACCCUGGAGGACCCGAGUCUGCCAUACCGCUAAUCUACGGCAACUGUCCCUAUCCCAAGAACAUCACCUUGUCAAAUUUGUGUUAUUUCUGGUGGGCACCAACCCUCGUGUACCAACCUUACUAUCCUCGUACCGAGAAGAUCAGAUGGGGCUUCUUCUUCAAGCGCCUGGGUGAGACUGCUGCCUUGUGUACUUUCAUCUGGCUCACGUGUGCACAAUACGCUGAGCCGUUGCUACGGAACAGUCUUGAGGGCAUGGCGGUCUUCGACUUGCCCUCGAUUGCUGAGCGACUGAUGAAGCUGUCUACAAUCUCGCUUAUUGUCUGGCUUGCAGGCUUCUUCGCCGUCUUUCAGUCCUUCCUUAAUGCACUGGCGGAGAUCAUGCGUUUCGGAGAUCGAGAGUUCUACGGCCCUUGGUGGAACAGCACAAGUCUCAAGAUGUACUGGUCAACCUGGAACAAGCCCGUGUACCACUUCAUGCGUCGCCACGUGUAUUCACCACUCGUUGGCCGUGGCUGGUCCAGUGGUGCUGCGAGCAUCUGGGUCUUCGUCUUCUCUGGUUUCCUGCAUGAGCUUGCUGUCGGCAUUCCUUCGCACAGCCUUCUUGGCGUGGCCUUUCUCGGCAUGAUGGCACAGCUGCCGUUGAUCUUUGCCACGGAGCCACUGUCACGGAUGGGCGAUGUAGGCGGCAAGGUCAUCGGGAAUUGUAUAUUUUGGAUCAACUUUGUGUUUGUGGGGCAGCCACUGGCCGCCAUGAUUUACUUCUUUUCGUGGCAGGCAAAGUAUGGAUUGCUGAGUGAGAACCGGCCCAACCCGUGA